GCGGCCCCCCCUUCCCCUAAAGUGAGUGAGUGAAACUGGCAGAUGGAGGAGGGACUGUAAUGGCGGCGGCCGGCAGCUCCCUGCUCUGACCCACGGCAGGCAUUCAGCAACAACCCCCUCCCCGCCCCUCUCCCAGCCGGCCUCCGCCCCGCCGCCAGCGCGGGGCCACCCUCUCCGGCCCUUCCCCCAGCGGUCGGCGUCUCGCCCUGCGCCCCGGCCGGGGCCCCACACACAAUGGACGAGCUCGCCGGAGGCGGUGGUGGCGGCCCCGGGAUGGCGGCCCCUCCACGGCAGCAGCAGGGACCUGGGGGGAACAUGAGCCUUUCGCCCGGGGGGAAUGGAGCGGCCGGCGGCGGGGGUCCUCCGGCCGCCGAGGGAGCGGGUCCUGCGGCAGGCCCAGAGCUGUCCCGGCCGCAGCAGUACACUAUCCCAGGGAUCCUGCACUACAUCCAGCACGAGUGGGCUCGGUUCGAGAUGGAGCGGGCGCACUGGGAGGUGGAGCGGGCCGAACUGCAGGCCCGGAUAGCAUUUUUGCAAGGAGAAAGAAAAGGUCAAGAAAACUUGAAGAAGGAUUUAGUAAGAAGAAUAAAGAUGUUAGAAUAUGCAUUGAAACAAGAAAGGGCAAAAUAUCACAAAUUAAAAUACGGCACAGAACUGAACCAAGGUGAUUUGAAAAUGCCAACCUUUGAAUCAGAAGAAACCAAAGACAUGGAGGCUCCCACAGCACCUCAGAAUAGCCAGUUAACGUGGAAGCAGGGCAGACAGCUGUUAAGACAAUAUCUUCAGGAAGUAGGUUACACAGAUACAAUAUUAGAUGUACGGUCUCAGCGGGUAAGAUCAUUACUUGGGCUAUCUAAUUCAGAACCAAAUGGAUCAGUAGAGACAAAGAAUUUAGAACAGAUGCUGAAUGGAGGUGAAUCUCCUAAGCAAAAAGGACAAGAAAUCAAAAGGCCUUCUGGUGAUGUUCUUGAGACAUUCAAUUUCUUAGAAAAUGCUGAUGACAGCGAUGAAGAAGAGGAAAAUGACAUGAUUGAAGGCAUCCCAGAAGGAAAAGACAAACAUCGGAUAAAUAAACACAAAAUAGGUAAUGAAGGUUUAGCUGCUGACCUAACCGAUGAUCCUGAUACUGAGGAAGCACUGAAAGAAUUUGAUUUUUUAGUGACUGCUGAAGACGGUGAAGGAGCUGGAGAAGCACGGAGUUCAGGGGAUGGCACAGAAUGGGAUAAAGAUGACCUCUCCCCAACUACUGAGGUUUGGGAUGUAGACCAGGGACUAAUAAGUAAACUGAAGGAACAGUACAAGAAGGAACGAAAGGGGAAGAAAGGGGUAAAGAGGGUCAACAGGACAAAACUCUACGACAUGAUAGCUGAUCUGGGAGAUGAUGAGCUGCCCCUCAUCCCUUCAGGAAUCAUAAAUCAGUCUAGGUCAGCCUCUACUAGAACUGAUCAUGAAGGUGCAAGAGCAGAGGAAGCUGAACCAAUAACGUUUCCAUCUGGAGGAGGCAAGUCAUUUAUUAUGGGUUCUGAUGAUGUUUUGUUAAGUGUACUGGGCCUUGGAGACCUUGCAGACUUGACGGUAACAAAUGAUGCAGACUAUAGUUAUGAUUUGCCUGCCAAUAAAGAUGCCUUUCGAAAGACAUGGAAUCCCAAGUAUACACUACGUAGCCAUUUUGAUGGAGUACGGGCAUUAGCUUUUCAUCCUGUAGAACCUGUGCUGGUUACUGCCUCUGAGGACCAUACUCUGAAACUUUGGAACUUGCAAAAAACAGUUCCUGCCAAAAAGAGUGCCUCUUUAGAUGUAGAGCCUAUCUACACAUUUAGGGCCCACAUUGGUCCUGUUCUAUCAUUAGCUAUUAGUUCUAAUGGAGAACAGUGUUUUAGUGGUGGUAUUGAUGCAACUAUCCAGUGGUGGAAUAUGCCUAGUCCUAAUGUGGAUCCAUAUGAUACAUAUGAGCCAAAUGUUCUAGCUGGCACUUUAAUUGCUCAUACAGAUGCUGUCUGGGGUCUUGCUUAUAGUGGCAUAAAAAAUCAAUUACUGUCAUGUUCAGCAGAUGGCACUGUUAGAUUAUGGAAUCCACAAGAAAAAUUGCCAUGUAUUUGCACUUACAAUGGAGACAAGGAGCAUGGAAUACCUACAUCGGUUGACUUUAUAGGCUGUGAUCCAGCUCAUAUGGUGACCUCUUUCAACACUGGUAGUACAGUAAUUUAUGAUUUAGAAACAUCACAGUCAUUAGUGAUGCUUUCAUCACAGAUAGAUUCUGGUUUACAAUCCAGUAAUCACAUUAACAGAGUAGUAAGUCAUCCCACACUUCCUGUUACAAUAACUGCUCAUGAAGAUAGACACAUCAAAUUUUUUGACAAUAAAACGGGUAAAAUGAUCCAUUCUAUGGUAGCUCAUUUGGAUGCUGUUACAAGUCUAGCAGUAGAUCCUAAUGGAAUCUACUUGAUGUCUGGAAGCCAUGACUGUUCUAUUAGAUUGUGGAAUUUGGACAGCAAGACAUGUGUGCAAGAAAUAACAGCACAUAGGAAAAAAUUAGAUGAAUCAAUUUAUGAUGUUGCUUUCCAUCCAUCAAAAGCAUAUAUUGCUAGUGCGGGGGCUGAUGCCCUUGCCAAAGUAUUUGUGUGAAUCAACAAAAACUCUCAUCAUAACAACAGAUUCGCUUGGACACAGAGGGUCUGCAUCACUGCCAUCAAAAAUGUUACUGAUAUGACACUACAUGUGAUCUGCCUGAUGAAGGCUAUUUGGGGCAGGCAUAAAUUGGUGGAAAUCACAUCUUAACAUCAGGCUCAUUAAUUUAAUUGUAAUUACUGUAUUUCGUGGGACAAAAAAGGACUCCAUUGUUUGUGGCCUGUACUGGAUAUGAACUGAGCGUAUGUCUGUCUUUUAGGUAUCUUUAAGCCAGUGUGGAGUCUGAUCUUACAAAAAGACUUUUAUUUUGGACUCUGUGUGCUGCCUUAGGGUUAGGAAUGUGGUGCUCUUGUUGGGGGGAAGUGAGCUCCAAGAGUAGCUUUUUUUCAUCUCUUAGUGAUCUUCUGUUUAUCAGUUGAAUGCCACAGAUUCCCUUUUAAACUUAUUUUGCUUUAAAAAAAAUAAAAAAGAAAAUUUAACUUAAAAUAUUUUAGCAUUAGUUGCACAAAAUGUUUGGAUAAAAUUCUAGUUUUUAUAAGUCUUUUUAUAUAUUUAGCCUGUCACAACAGUGCUCAAGAUUGUAUUGAAGUUUUUCUGCAUUAUACAACCCUGAAACACAGAGAUCUCACUGACCCGCUGCCGUGUAAGCACACUCUUUCCUUCUUUUGCGUAAUACAGCUCAGCUAAGUCUUUCCAUAAAGAUGCUAAAUCACCUUCAACAUCACGUAACUGUCUUCUUAAACCAAGGACUAUUAAGUGUAUUAAAAUGAAACGGUGGGGUUUAGUACUCCAGAUGAACUCUUAAAAAAGAAAAAAAAAAACUAAUCUUGGCAUCCUAUCACUAUGUGAUAUUUUGUACAUCUUACUGUAUUUACAAGUUUAUUUAUCAAGGAUUAUCCAUCUUGCUAAUAGCCUAUUAUUUAUUUCACUUUUUGUUGGUCUUUAUAUCCUUUUAUUAAUGUGCUAAAGGAACCUGUAUAUCUAUUUUAGAACUCUUUGAAUAGUCUAAAAUAGACUAAAAAUGGAGUAUUUUAUAGUUUAAGUUACAAACCAAGGUGACUCCCCCCAGAUACAUAUCUUGGUUUACCAUGAUUCCAGAGAAAACUAUCUUGUUUUAAAAUAUUCGGAGUAAAAUUUUAUUUGCAUUACAAAUAGGAUACAAAAAUAGUUGAAUCAGGAUACAGAAAUCUGCUGUGUUUGGACUAGUUAUCCCUGUUUUAUUUUUUCAGAUGUGCUUAAUUUUAUGGUGUAACUAAAGAUUUUGUUUGUGUAAUGCAUGAUUAAGACAAUAAAGUAUUUUUUCUAGUCUUCCAAAAAACUUUUCUGAUCAGUUUGCGAGUUUUGAUGAGUUUUGUAAGGUUUUUGUUUUACAAACUAUGAAUCAGCAAAUUUUUAAGAUUGUACCACAUAGCGAACGUACAGCUGUUGAAAAACAAUGUAUAUAAAAUGCAUAUAAUAAAUAUUAAAUUGUGUACCUGUAUGUUACUGUUGGCUACAUUAUUUUGUGUUGAAUAAUAAAGUGCAAUACUUUACUCUCCAUUAAAGUAGGAAAUGGAGAUGAUUUCUCAGUGAGUCCUUCAUUUUUAUGCUGUUCUUUUAAACUUUGUACUGUUUAUUGAUACUCUAAUAAGAUUAGAACAGUUAAUACUGUUAAGAAUGCCUUUCUAAGUAUUUCACCCCAUUUGGGGAUUUAAAAAUCUUCUAUUGAAGUAACUUAGAUAAUUCAAAAUAACCAAAAAAAAAAAAAAAACAGAUAUGCAGUUUUAAAUCAUUUCCUUAAGAUACCCUAUUACGUUAUUAAAUCUGAAUUUCAAUUAAUAGUGUUGUCUUUCCUAUCUAGCCAAACCUGUUUCCCACAGAAAAGUUCAGCAGAGAGUAAACUGCAUUGUUCAUUAAUUAAAAGUUAUCCUCAUAAAUGUUAAGUAUUAAUAUCUUCAAACUUUUCCUUCAACAAGGUAAUAAUCCUUUUUCUUUGAAGGGAAUUGCAAAUGCAAUUAGAAGGUAACAUUAGAAAACUUAACGUGGCAAAAUUCUAUUUGAAUGCCUACUUCAAAAAAAAAAAUUACAUUGUAUGUACAUUGAGAAAUUUUGUCACCUACCAUAAAAAUCGAAAUGUCAAUUUUAGUCAUUGCUGGUGAAACACUAAAAGUUUUCAGAAAUUUUCUUAAAAUAUUGGUUUUUUGGUUUUCUGAAUUGAACAUUCAACUUAAUGAACAAAUUAAAGAGGCAUUUCUCUUCCUUCCCUUUUUUUAUUUUAAUAAUUUAGGAACAAGCUUUCCAAAGCUAGUAUUGUUUCUGGCAGCUGUUCCAAGCCAAUGCAUUACUGUUUAACUGAAAUGUGAUUAUCAUCAUUGCAAUGCAUAAACAUUCAUCUUUUUUGAAAUGUAUUAAAACUGAAAUGAAUAAAAAUAGUAUAUAUGUUUA